GAAACAAACAGCUGGAAGCCUCGGAAACGCUCCCUGCGCUUUAAGACUCAGAGUGACACCUCCUGUUUUCGCAUAUCUGUGCCCGCAGCCACAGGUUGCUCACCUGUACCUCCAGCUCCGCGCUGCCAUACCGACACUGUUUCCCGGUGUAAAGGAACGAAGCUCGCGCGGCGGAAAACUCCGCCUGCCUGACGUCACCAGGGACCGCAUUCGGGUCGUGACUCCAAACGCAGCGCUGAUCCCCGCAGCGGAGCGGCGCUGACAGGUGAGGCACCGGCGGAGCGCCACGUCAACCAAAACCAUCCCUGCAGGGCGGCUGGCUGCGCGGCGGAACCAUGCUGGACCCCUCCUCUAGCGAAGACUCGGGCGGAGAGUCCGACCCAGAAGUUACCCGAGAGCCUCUGGAGAAACCCAGCGGCUUCUCGGUGGCAGGGAGGCGGGGAAACAUCGGACGGACUGGCGGCCAGCAGCUGCCGGCUGCCGCGGCUGGAGGGACCCCCGGUAGAGGGGCCAAGGACCCCCCCUCUGCAGGUGACGAUGAGGAGAGGAAGGAGCGCGAGCGCGUUGAGAAGGAGGAGAAGGAGAGGAGGAUCAAGCUGCAGAUCUAUGUGUUUGUUCUGCGCUGCAUUUCCUACCCGUUCAACGCCAAGCAGCCCACCGACAUGGCCCGCAGGCAGCAGAAGGUUAACAAGCAGCAGCUGCAGACAGUCAAGGAGCGCUUCCUGGCCUUUCUCAACGGUGAAACUCAGAUUGUCGCUGAUGAAGCUUUCUGCAAUGCUGUGAGGAGCUACUAUGAGGGCUUCCUAAAGAGUGAGCGAGUUUCCCGAAUGGUUCAAGGCGGCGGCUGCUCAGCCAACGACUUCCGUGAGGUUUUUAAGAAAAACAUCGAGCGCCGGGUGCGCAGCCUUCCAGAGAUCGACGGCCUGAGUAAAGAGACGGUGCUGAGCUCCUGGAUAACCAAGUAUGAUGCCAUCUACCGUGGGGAGGAAGACAUGCGGCGCCAACCACAGCGGUUCCAUCUGAGCGCCGCGUCAGAGCUGAUCCUCAGUAAAGAGCAGCUGUAUGACAUGUUCCAGCAGAUACUGGGCGUCCGCAAGUUUGAGCACCAACUGCUCUACAAUGCCUGUCAGCUCGACAACGUGGAUGAACAAGCUGCUCAGAUCCGCAGAGAGCUGGACGGUCGGUUACAGCUGGCUGAGAAGGUUGCCAAGGAAAGGAGAUUCCCUCGCUUUGUCUCUGCUGACAUGGAGGCUCUGUACGUGGACGAGCUGCGUUCUUCUGUCAACUUGCUGAUGGCUAACCUGGAAAGCCUGCCAGUGUCUAAAGGAGGACCGGACUUCAAGCAGAAACUUAAGCGCUCCUCCAUGAAUAACUCCUUCUUGGAUUUGGGGGAUGAAGGAGACAUCCUGUCCAAAUCGGAUGUUGUGCUGUCCUUUAAUCUGGAGGUUGUUAUCGUUGAGGUCCAGGGGCUGAAGUCUGUGGCUCCAAACCGGAUUGUCUACUGCACCAUGGAGGUGGAGGGGGGGCAGAAGCUGCAGACUGACCAAGCAGAAGCCUCCAGACCACAGUGGGGAACUCAGGGAGACUUCAGCACCCCCCAUCCUCUGCCUCAGGUCAAAGUCAAGCUGUUCACAGAGAGCACCGGAGUCCUGGCUCUGGAGGACAAGGAGCUUGGCAGGGUGGUCCUGAACCCCACCACUGGCGGCCCAAAGCAGGCAGACUUCCACAGGAUGGCGGUCCCUAAGAACAGCCAGGAUGCAGAUCUGAGGAUCAAGCUGGCGGUCCGCAUGGACAAACCCCCCAACAUGAAGCACAGCGGGUACCUGUAUGCUGCUGGGCAGAAAGUCUGGAAACGCUGGAAGAAAAGAUAUUUUGUCCUGGUUCAGGUCAGUCAGUACACGUUUGCGAUGUGCAGCUACAGGGAGAGGAAGGCGGAGCCUCAGGAGCUGAUGCAGCUGGAGGGCUACACUGUGGAUUACUGCGACCCUCAGACAGGACUGCAGGGUGGUCGGAUGUUUUUUAACGCAGUAAAGGAGGGCGACCUGGUGACCUUCGCCUGUGAUGACGAACAGGACCGAGUGCUCUGGGUGCAAGCUAUAUACAGAGCCACCGGCCAGUCGUAUAAACCAACCCCCCCGCUACUCAACAAAACUUCAAACUGCAGAGAAGGAACCAUGAAACCACAAUCCAUCAGUCUGGAUCCAUCUCAGCGUCAGGGUGUGGAGGAUCUGAUUUCUGCAGCGCCCAUCAGCUUUGACCACGCUGCUCUGUUCAGCAUCCUACAGAAACUAACUCUGCAACACCGCAUGAACGACUCCUUCUCCUGCCUGGGUUGGUUUAGUCCCGGCCAGGUGUUUGUCCUGGAUGAGUACUGCGCCCGGUACGGGGUCCGAGGCUGCCACCGCCACCUGAGCUACCUGAGGGACUUGAUGGAGUAUGCGGAGAACAGCGCGCUGGUCGACCCCAUGCUGCUUCACUACAGCUAUGCUUUCUGUGCCUCACAUAUCCAUGGAAACAGGCCUGACGGGACGGGGACAGUCACCGUGGAGGAGAAGGAGCAGUUUGAGGCCGUCAGAAGCCGCCUCAUUCUUUUGUUGGAGAACCAGAUCACUCACUUCAGGUACUGCUUUCCCUUUGGACGACCAGAUGGGGCCUUGAAAGCAACACUUUCGCUUCUGGAACGAGUUCUGAUGAAAGACAUCAGCACAGCUGCUCCAUCAGAGGAGGCAAAGAGACGCGUCCAGAGAUGUUUGGAGAAGGCUGCUCAGAUCAACUACAGUCAGCUGAUGGAUUACGCUCAGAUCCACGUGGAUCCAGAAGAAGCUCCGGAGAAAAGACUGGAGGACAUGCUGAGGCUGGGCGAACUGUGCAUCGAAGUCCUGCAGCAGAAUGAGGAGCAUCAUGCUGAGGCUUUCUCCUGGUGGCCGGAGCUGAUGGCCGAACACGCCGAGACAUUUCUGUCUCUGUACGGAGCCCACAUGGAUUCUGCUCUGCAGGUGCAGCCGGUCGAUUCCUGGAACAGCUUCCCUGUAUUUCAGCUCCUCAACAACUUCCUCCGCUCAGAUCCUCAACUUUGCAACGGACCGUUCCAUAAACACCUGCAGGAUCUGUUUGUGCCUCUGGUGGUGCGCUACAUCGACCUCAUGGAGACGUCCAUCGCCCAGUCCAUCCACCGCGGCUUCGAGCAGGAGACCUGGCAGUCAGUCAGACUGUUAACUAACAAUCUAGCCAACGUUCCUCUCCCUAAAGUCCCCAGCCUUCCCCUCACGCUGCCACAGAUGCCCAGCUUCUCGGUACCUGCCUGGAUGGUACCUCUCUGUGAGAACACCCUGCAAGGAAUAAAUCUACCAGAUAUUUUCAACGGAUCGGCCACCUCCGAGGAUUUAUUCUGGAAGCUGGACGCUCUGCAGAUGUUUGUGAUUGAUCUCCAGUGGCCAGAGCCAGAGUUCGCCAAACAUCUGGAGCAAAGACUCAAACUGAUGGCCAGCGACAUGAUGGACGCCUGCGUCAAACGGACAAAAUCUGCCUUUGAUGCCAGAAUUCAGAAGGCGAGUAAAUCCACGGAUCUGCGGGUGCCGCUGUCAGUCUGCACCAUGUUCAACGUGCUGCUGGAUGCCAGGAAGCAGAGCUCCAAACUCUGUGAGCUGGACUUCAGUCAGGAGAGUGACAUACAAUGGCAUCACUACCAUUCCAGGAUCGAUGUUCUGAUCGACGACACCUUCAAGGAAAUGAUCUCCUCCCUGGUAUCUAAGUUCAUGGCGGUGUUAGACGGCGUCCUCUCCAAGCUCUCCAGGUACGAUGAAGGGACCUUCUUCUCCUCCAUCCUCUCCCUCACAAAACCAGGGAUGGACCUGGCAGACACAUACAUCGUUUUUGUUCGGCAGAACCAGGACAUCCUUCGAGACGGCAUCAACGACGAAGUCUGCAUCGAAAAAGUGUUUGAUCAGUGGUAUUCCAGCUCCAUGAGGGCCGUGUGCGUCUGGCUGACCGACAGGCUGGACCUGCAGCUCCAUGUUUACCAGCUCAAAGUCCUCAUCAAGAUAGUGAAGAAGACGUACCGGGACUUCAGGCUGCAGGGCGUGCUGGACGCCACGCUCAACAACAACAGCUACGAGACCGUGUCCAAGCGGCUGAGGAUGGAGGAGGCCACGGCGGCGGUGAAGGGAGGCGACGGCCUGCAGGGCAUCAGCAUGAGGGACAGUGACGAGGACGACGACUGAAGCUCCUCCCGCUGAACUCCUGAAAACGAAAACACGUUUGACCAUGAGUCCACCCUCAGAGCUGUCAGUCUGAGGUGGAUCUGUUGGUUUUGGCUCUACGUUGAUCUCAGACAUGUAAAGACGGUGAUUCUGUUCAGUUUAACAGUUUGAUUUAUGCUCAGCCAGUUUUCCUCCUUCAAAGAUGCUCAGAGGCUGCGCUGAUGAUGAUCUGCCAGAGCGUCCGGUGGCGGCAGUAUGAUGCUGAGGUGUCCUUUAUCUGGACGCCCCCCCCCCCACACACACACACACACACACACACUUUAGAUCAUCAGAGAGGAUUGGAUCAUCACAGUAACUGACCGUUGGCAAACUUUCAAAAGUCAUUAAAAGGGGGUGGAGAUCAGACCGGGACGCCUUAUCACAGCACCGAUAUCAGAACUGGACCGGUUCCUGGUCAGACGCUGUUUGGUGCAGAAUUGAUUCCAAACUGGAACCAGAACCAGCGUUCUGCUCAAAGGCGUCCCAACCAGCAUCUUUGUUCACUUUAAAACAACCAGAAUUUGUUGGAGUCUGUUUCUGCCCACAAACCACAGCUUUCAUCUUAAUUUGCUUUAAAAACUGUUGGUUCUGGUUCUGAUUCUGGUUCUGAUUCUGGUUCUGAUUCUAAAUGUGUUUGAAUGUCGGUUCCUGUUUCUGGUUGUUUAAUAAAAAUGUGUCUUAAUGAGACGAAGCCAUAAGGAAUCCAGCCAAUAGGAAGACGGUGCAUCAAACAUGAAUAAAGAUGGUUUCAUUUCC